AUGGCAAUCUUGACGGAACACUUUGCCGGCAAGUUUAAUAACUGACUUCCUUAUUACACCUUAUUAUUGGUGCCUACAUUCUUUCGCUCUGUGAUCGGUACGCUGAUAGCUUUUGCCUUCUCAACCCCGUUUGACAAAGCUCCUCUAAAUCUGCUCGUUGAAUUUCCUGGAUGUAUAUACCAGUGACCUAUUUGGUACUGUAGAAAAUAAUUCCAUACAGCUCCUAUAAAUGCCUCCUACGCUUGUUUUCAAGCCUUGAUUUAUGAGCAUGCCAGACCCGCUCAUACACACAAUAGGAUAUUUAACAGAUGAAAGGUAUCGGAAUUUACGAAUGAUUGACAUUCACUCGCAAACUUGUCAAUUGGGCGUGUGACCCGCACUGUUGUGGUUAGAAUCUCACUCGACUUCAUUCUGUCCGAAACGUCAGUAUGAAUACAACCUGGUCCAUGAAAUCGCCUUCUCUUCGGGGGAUGAUAAACAUGAUGUGCUCGUCCCGUUGUGCUGUGGGGUUCAAACCAUAGAACCCUGGCAGGCAGUCGCGUAGCGACAAGUAGUAUAGGUAGAUAGGGUAAUACCGACAACUCAAUGAUAGUGUCGCACACUCAGUGCCCAAAGAUCUCGGGUUCAAAUCACAGGUGCUCCACACUUGGGGCUGGGUAUGACUGGCAGAUGACGGCUGAUAAGCCGGAAAUAGCCAUUCCGGUCUCCCUAAUCUUUCCCGGUACUUUGCUCUCCGAACUUAUACCCUCUCAUCUGUCUUCGAAGACUCGAUAGGUAUUCGGCAUUAACUCGUUUGUAUCAAGCGGUCUUUAGUUAUUAUUAUCGAAGUUAAGACAUGGGAGUGAUGAUUUUGUUUCAUUUUAUGGCCUUCGUUUCGCAGCUGCGAAAGUUUAACUGAUUUUGCGUUAUAGUAUUCGUGUUGUAAUAACUGUCUCGAACCAAAUCUAGCGGUUGAAGUCGCCCUUAGUCACGAACUUACUGAGUGCACCAGUCCGCUCGACGGUGCACUUCACUUCUAUCUUAGAAAUGUAGGUCUUGUAAGAUAAAGCUGACAACAGAUUUCUCAGGUACAUCCGCUCAACGCCCAUUGUUUGUGAAUGUGCUUCGGCUUGAACAGUUUACAUUGGUCACGUUCGCGGUAGCUAACAACUCUUAUUUUUAUACGAAUGGCUAGUCGUUUUUUUUCAACGUUGGCACCAAACUACCCCUCACAAAUGACCCUCCUUAAUCUCUCUCGCUUUUAGGCAAAUGGCCGUUCUGGAUUAGUCCUCGUCAGGCAUUCAUUCGCGAACUUGUCAAGUGGGCGUGUGACCCGCACUUCUGUGGUUAGGAUCUCACUCGACCCCAUUCUGUCCGGAACGUCGGUAUGAAUACAGCCUGGUCCAUGAAAUCGCCUUCUUCGGGGGAUGAUAAACAGAACCCUGGCAGGCAGUUGCAUAGCGACAAGUAGUAUAGGUAGAUAGGGUGAUACCGACAAGUCAAUGCUAGUGUCACACACUCAGUGCCAAAGAUCUCGGGCUCAAAUCACAGGUGCUCCACACUUGGGGUUGGGUGUGUCUGGCUGAUGGCAGCUGACCCGCCGGAAAUAGCCAUUCCGGUACUUUGUUGUCCGAACUCUCACCUGUCUUCCAAGAUUCGAUAGAUAUUCGGCAUUAACUCGUUUGUAUCAAGCGGUGGUCAGUUAUUAUUAUCGAAGUUAAGACAUGGGAGUGAUGAUUUUGUUUCAUUUUAUGGCCUUCGUUUCGCAGUUGCGAAAAUUUACUGAUUUUGCGUUAUCGUCUCGAACCACAUUUGGUGGUUGAAGUCGCCCUUAGUCAAGAACUUGCCGAGUGCACCAGUCCGUUCGACGGUGCAGUUCACUUCUACCUUAGAAAUGUAGGUCUUGUAAGAGAAGCUGACAACAGAUUUAUCAGGUGCUUCCGCUCAACGCCCAUUGGUUUGUGAAUGUGUUUCGGCUUGGACACUGUACUUUGGUCACGUUCGCCGUAGCCAUACGAAUAGCUGGUCGUUUUUUUUCAACUAACUACCCCUCAUAAAUGACCCUCCUUAAUCUGUCUCGCUUUUAGGCAAAUGGCCGUUCUGGAUUAGUCCUCGUCAGGCCCUUGUGGUGCCUGUUGUAUCGGCUGUUGAUGAUUACGGUCGAGAGGUCCAGAAGAAGCUGCACGACGCCCACUUCAUGGUCUCAAUUGACACCGAUCCGGGUCGCACUCUCAACAAGAAGAUCAGGAAUGGACAGUUGGCUCAGUACAACUUCAUACUUGGUGAGUCGCCUUUCGCUCCUAAGUGCUGCAGAUGUAUGCGUGUCGGCCCGCCACUCUCACUUGCCGCCCUGUCUGCCUUGUAGUUGUGGGUGAGAAGGAGAAAGCCAAUGGCACCGUCAACGUGCGCACACGUGACAAUAAGGUUUUGGGUGAGCACAAGGUGGAGGACCUGAUUGAACGCUUCAACCGCUUCACCGAGACACGCACCCUCAGCGCCGAGACCGAGUUCUGA